CGGCGAAUAAGUCACAAGACCAGUCAGCUGAAUUUCGGUGCUGUCGCAUUUGUGUGAAAAGACACUCGUAAUUAAACAUCAGUUCUUUUUCUUUCCCCAAAUACAUUUCGAUAGAAUUUGUGUGCGAAACGCGCACAAUAGCAGUUAUUGCGUAUAACACACACACGUCAAAUAAAACAGCCAAUCAAAAUGACGACCGCCCUGUAUAUGCCCGAGGAGAGCAUUGAUAUGAUUGCUGCCACUUCGGUGCUGCAGCAUCAGGCAGCCGAUAUACGCACCAAGACCAUCAACUGGGCAUCUUAUAUGCAGUCGCAGAUGAUCAGCCAGGAGGAUUUUCAGGCGAUCAGCACAUUGGAUAAAUCACGCGCCGCCUUUUUGGCCCAGAAUCCGCAGCAGGUGGUGAAGACGCUGCUAAAUCUUGUCUCGCAUCUGUCCAAGGAUGCGACCAUUCAGUAUAUACUCGUGCUGCUCGACGAUCUGCUGCAGGAGGAUCGAUCGCGUGUCGAUCUCUUCCACGAGACGUCCGGCAAGAUGAAGCAGUGUGUGUGGGGUCCGUUCCUCAAUUUGUUGAAUCGCCAGGAUGGCUUCAUUGUCAACAUGGCGUCGCGCAUUCUGGCCAAGUUCGCGUGCUGGGGUCACGAGGUCAUGCCCAAGUCAGACCUCAACUUCUACUUGCAGUUCCUCAAGGAUCAGCUGGCCACCAAUACCGAUGCGUAUCUGCACGAGAAGGCCCAGCUGGUGAAGCGGACACAAACGAUCAUUGUGCACUCGCAUGGACUGCACGGCAAAGAUCAGUACAGCCCCAAUGCUGCCGGUCAGCAGCAGCAGCGUAGCCACGAAGGAAGCCAUGAGAGUUAUCGCGAAGUGGGCUCCACCAUGGCCCCCUCGGCAACCGUAUCCGAAGCCGAUCAGCAGCUGGAUGGCAAAUGUGUUAUACCGAACAACGAGUAUAUUCAAUCUGUGGCACGCUGCCUGCAGAUGAUGCUGCGUGUGGAUGACUAUCGUUUUGCGUUCGUGAGCGUCGAUGGGAUUAGCACGCUGACAAGGGUCCUGUCCACGCGCGUCAAUUUCCAAGUGCAAUACCAGCUGAUCUUCUGCCUGUGGGUGCUCACCUUUAAUCCCCUGCUGGCCGCUAAGAUGAACAAGUUCAACGUUAUACCCAUGUUGGCUGAUAUUUUGAGCGAUUGUGCCAAGGAGAAGGUCACACGCAUCAUUUUGGCCGUCUUCCGCAAUUUGAUCGAGAAGCCCGAGGACUCUUCGGUCGCUAAGGACCACUGCAUUGCCAUGGUGCAGUGCAAGGUGCUCAAACAGUUGUCGAUUUUGGAGCAGCGUCGCUUCGACGACGAGGACAUCACGGCCGAUGUCGAGUACCUCAGCGAGAAGCUGCAGAACUCUGUGCAGGACCUCAGCUCGUUCGAUGAGUACGCCACCGAGGUGCGCAGCGGUCGCCUCGAAUGGUCGCCCGUUCACAAAUCGGCCAAAUUCUGGCGUGAGAACGCACAGCGUCUGAACGAGAAGAACUACGAGUUGCUGCGCAUUCUGGUUCACUUGCUGGAAACAUCGAAGGAUGCCAUCAUUUUGUCCGUUGCCUGUUUCGAUAUUGGAGAGUAUGUGCGUCAUUAUCCUCGCGGCAAGCAUGUCCUGGAACAGCUGGGCGGCAAACAGAUUGUCAUGCAGCAUUUGGGCCAUGAGGAUCCCAAUGUGCGCUACGAGGCCCUGCUUGCUGUGCAAAAAUUGAUGGUACACAAUUGGGAAUACCUGGGCAAGCAGCUGGAGAAGGAGAACGAGAACCAAAAACAAGGCGCUGCACCGAUUGCUGGCAAGGCCUAAGGCAGCAAUAUCGCACAGCUACCAUGUACAAUCGUUAGCCAAGGAUCGCCAACAACUGCUCUGCUUUAUAAACUUAACUAACAAUAAGAGUUGGGGACGUGUCGUUGCCACGUAUCUAUUCCUCCAUCUGCGCCCCGCUCCCAUUACCCAAUAUUGUUUUAUUCUUGCUAAUGCUUAAGCGCAUUCUUUUCCUAAUCCCUAAGCUAAGUUCCAUAAGCGCGUCCACAGAGCGUAGCUGUUGUCAAAACCUAUUUGAUUGUUGCUCUUUCUUGGCAUUCCGAACCAGUAGAGACAAGAACGAGAGUAAAAGUUAAUUACAAAAAACAAAAAAAUAAGAGUAAAAUACAUAAAAAGUUCUUUAAUUAUUAUUGUCUACGUUAUGUUGUUAUUAUUGUUUCUACAUCUCUAUAUAUAUUUACAUAUAUAUAUAUUUAUCGUAUGCUUUGCACUGCUGUACAGAGUUUGCCUAACGAUUUCCACAUGUCUCUAGAAAGUUUGUAUUAUAUUUGCAUUGGCGCAUAUGUAAAACCUAUCAAGUAUUUCAAAUUAUACAACAAAUAAAUAAAAAUUAAAAAUAAAUAAAUGCAAUAAUAUUAAAUGUUACUAAGCGUGUGAAAUAAAUGCUUAAAACUGCAA